GUCCAGCAGGCAGUUUUGUUCAGUGUUGUCCAACGGUCCGUUGAGCGUCGGGAAGAAGCGGGCUCUUUACUGGGAGAAAUGGCUUGAAUGGCCGGCGAUUAAGACACUUUUCCGGUUUCAUCGGGUGAAUGUUUUAACUUUGGAGGUUUUAAAUCCUGACGAAUUGCCUUUACCAAGUAAGGAACAAUGGCAAACGUGAAAGUCGCCAUUCGAGUUCGCCCUCUCAACGCAAGGGAAAGCGUGGCUGGAGGGAGGCUAGCUGUCCAGGUAGAGGACAAGUUGGUGAGGAUAAAGAAUACCAAGCUGGAUGGACGUCAGGACGGCCCUGGGGAAUCCAGGGAGAAGGUGCUGGAGUUUGGUUUUGACUACUGCUACUGGUCUGUUGCCCCAGAGGAACCACACUACGCCUCACAGGAAGAGGUGUUCCAGGACCUGGGAGUGACGGUGCUGGCCGGGGCGUCAGAGGGCUACAACGUCUGUCUGUUUGCCUACGGGCAGACUGGCACUGGCAAGACCUACACCAUGAUGGGCACACUGGACUCCAUGGGCCUGACCCCCAGGAUUUGUCAGGGCCUGUUCAAAUCUGAUGACACAUUCCCUGAAGGACACAACUCCAGCAGGGUUGAGAUCAGUUUCCUGGAGAUCUAUAAUGAGCGUGUUCGUGACCUGCUGCGAGGCAGAGAGCAGAAGAAGAAACCCUCCCUACGGGUUAGGGAGCAUCCUGAGAAAGGACCCUAUGUACAAGACCUGUCCCAGCAUGUGGUGUCUGACUACAAGCAGGCGGUGGACCUAUUGGAGGAGGGCAUUGCCAACCGCAUCACCGCGGCAACACACAUCCAUGACGCUAGCAGCAGAUCCCAUGCCAUCUUCACUAUCCAGUACACCCAGGCUAUUCUGGAGAACAACCUUCCCUCAGAGAUCGUAAGCAAGAUCAACCUGGUAGACCUGGCUGGCAGUGAGAGAGCAGACCCCCACUACUGCAGAGACAGACUCACUGAGGGAUCCAACAUCAACAAAUCCCUGGUGACACUGGGUAUCGUCAUCUCUGCUCUGGCCCAGAACUCUCAGAUGUCCAGUAGUUGUCAGAGCAUCAACAGUGUGGCCAGUGAGGGCAGCAGUCUGUCUGGUGGUGGUGGAGGAGGGAGAAGACACUGCUUCAUCCCCUACAGGGACUCAGUCCUCACCUGGCUCCUCAAGGACAGCCUGGGAGGAAACGCUAAGACCAUCAUGAUCGCCACUGUGUCCCCAUCCAGUAGCAGCUACAAUGAGACUCUCAGCACCCUACGCUAUGCUUCUCACGCUAGGAGCAUCGUCAACAAGCCCAGGGUCAAUGAAGAUGCCAGUGUGAGGCUGAUCAGAGAGCUACGUGAGGAGAUAGACAGACUGAAGAGUAUGCUUCUCAGCUUCGAGAUGCAACGGAAUCCUAGCCCUUCUCUGAGUGAUCAGAGAGACGGGAGUCUGUCUGACAUCGUGUUGCAGAACGAACUAAAGGUGGAUGAGCUGACGAAGGACUGGUCAGAGAGCUGGCGGGACAAGAAGGAGCUGUUGGAACAGUACAGUGUGGAUAUCAACAGAGACCGGGGUGGGUUCCUCAUCCACUCCCUCUUACCACAUCUCAUUACCCUGGACCGGGACGUACUCAGCACCGGGGUCACCUUCUAUCACCUCAGGGAGGGGUUAACAAGGAUUGGACCUCAGGACAAACUGGUUGAAUCACAAAUAGUCCUCCAGGGCGGCACCACCUGUGAGAUAGAGAACCAGUCUGGGGUUGUGACCCUGAGGCCGCUGCCAGGGACUGUCUGCAUGAUCAAAGACAGGGAGGUGACGGAGCCCUGCAGACUGGCACAAGGGACCUUGAUCACUCUUGGAGGGGUCCACAAGUUCCGUUUCAACCACCCAGCAGAGGCUGAGGUCAUGAGAGAACGGAGACGGGCCAGUAAACGUGCACAGAACUGCAGCUACAAUGAUUUUCAAGCCUUAACCUCUGAUUCCAGGGUUGGAGGAGAGGCAGUCCAGGGGCAGACGGGUGACCAUGAGGCUGAGGGUAAGGAGCCUCCUCCCAGGCAGCAGUGUGUUGAGGACCAGCUGAGGUGCGUGGAGGAGCAGAGGGGGUAUGUGGAGUGUCUACGCCAAGAAAUCCAGACUGAACAGAGACAAGCUGAGAGAGAUCUAGAGAGAGAACAGGCCCAUCUGAGACAACGAUACACUGACAUCCAGCAGUGGAUCUUACAAGAGAAGCAGCGUCUGGCAGCUAUAACGUUAGAGGAAAGAGGAACUCAGGAGUUUAGUGUACAGACUGAUCCUUUACAGAUCGAUCCUUUACAGACUGAUCCUUUACAGACUGAUCCUAUACAGGCUGAUCCUUUACAGAUCGAUCCUAUACAGACUGAUCCUUUACAGACUGAUCCUAUACAAACUGAUCCUGUACCAGCUGAUCCUGUACCAGCUGAUCUUAUACCAGCUGAUCCUAUACCAACUGAUCCUAUACCAACUGAUCCUAUACCAACUGAUCCUAUACCAACUGAUCCUAUACCAACUCCCAUCCUAGACAGCCUGCUAACGGAAGAUUCGGAAGGUUCUGAUGAAGAGUGUGAUCAAAGAGUUGCUCCGCCCUCUAAAGUGGUUCUAUACAGGAAGAAGGUGGUUCAGGAGGAGCUCUUAAGACAUCAUGCCCUGCUGCGCGCCGAGAGCCAUGUUCGACGCAAAAGGCUGCACUACCAGCUGGAGAGGAUCGCUCGCAAGCGCCAUCUACUGGAGGCUAAGAGGGAACUGCAGAGGCUAGAGAAGGCCCUGCCACCUGGACUAGAGUGCCCUGUGUCUCCUGGCCUGGGGUCCCCCUCAAGGUCAAGAGGACGUCAACCUGUUUUGCGCAGACAUUCUGUCUCAUCAGACCUUCUGUCCCGCUUAUACCCCCAACACACCCCAAUCUUCAGCCACUUCCUGAAGAGAAACAGACCAUCUGAACUGACAUUUGGAUCCAUCGGUUCCAGGCAGUGGGUGUCUGAUGAAUGUCUUCCACGCGAGAGGACAAGGAGUCGCUCCAACACAUUCUCCUCAGGAACACGACACAGUAGUCAGGUGCAUGGGUACAGGAGUAGAGCAAAUUCCUCAGAAAACCUCAAGCCGCCUGUGAAGGAGGAGGCUCUAGUCCAGCCGCCAUGUCAUGAAAGACCAGAGAGGAAACCACUGCUUCCAUUUACAUUCAAGAACAAUCAGAACCCAUCACAAUCACCAAAUGGAGUGACCCUACAGUCAAGCAGUAAUGUCAUCAUAAAGGGACCAACAGUUACAGUAAGCAAAUCUAGCAGUCUGACUCAGCAGGCUCCAUGUCAAGGAGUGAAGAGCCUUCCCCGUGGUAGUAGCAAAGGCUUGGAAAUGAUCCGGAAGGUCUUAUCACGCUCAGUCGGCCCUGGGAUAAAGACACCAUUAGCCAGGGUGUUUAGAAAACCACCAUCAGGAUUAAGUAUUGGAGGCAGAGGGACCACGCCUAAUGGUAAAACAGCAAGCCGAUUUCACUGGAAACAAAAGCGAGGUGUAGAAGGCGUCAAGAUGAGCAGGAAGAAAUGCACGAUGAAAACAACUGUCUCAUCUGAGGAUCUUGAUCAGAAGACGCCUUCACAUGAUUGUGGGUGGAGACAAAAACGGUGGCAUAGUGCAGAGACUCUGAUGAACCAGACUAGCACCCUAAGGUGGGUGGAAAGACCGCAGGGAUUGGGACUGGCAGGAUCGGAGAAGUAUGACGGUGAGGAAGAAGAAAAGGGGGAAGAGGAGCGUGACCAAUCCUCAGACGGUGACAGCUUGUUCUCUGUGGACUCCCUGUCCUCAGUCUACGCUACAGCCCUGGCAGAGCAGCUGAAGCAGGAGGAGGCUAUCCAGAGCGAAGGAGAGAGUGAAGACAGUCAGAUGUCGAAGGACUCACUGGCUUUGGAGAGCAGAGGGAAGCAUAUUGCAGCAAGGCCUGCACAGAGACGGACUGUGGUAGUACCCAGUCACUCUGUGGUGAGGGGUUUUCUCAAACCCUCGAUUGGAAAAACUAUAAACAUGGCGUCGGAGAUUCAGCCAACUGAAGAGGGAAGAGAAGACAUUGGGAAAUUUAAUGAAAUGCCAGCAGAGGCUUACUGGAGCCAUCAUGGCGGUCCUAAAACCCGAGUCAAUAAAGCAACCGGUGCAACAAGGGAAUCACUGUACCAGAAUCAGCCAGCAACAGAACCCAGGUGUAGGGACCCUGUAUCAAAGCUGAGUGAAGAGCUUGGGCAUGUCCACACCAUGUUGACCAGCAGCCCUUGCUCUCUGAGCAGCUGUAGUGUGGGGGAACCAGAGAGUUUGCUAGUGCUUACAGAUACAUGGUCCUACACUGAUGCAGCAGAUAGUCCUAGGAUACUUAGGGACUCUGCCGUGUUGAGGAGGAGGAUGGUAUUUAGUCAUGGAGCGUUGGACAGCAACAGUAGUCCCAGCCCCAUCAGUGUGGAUGUGUCUGACUGUCAGUGUGGAUCUGGAUCCACUGGAUCCCAUAGCUCUGCAUCUACCGACAGCACAGAGGGAGAACAUGUUCCAGUAGAGGAACAAAGACUUGGGGUUUCAACUGAUUCUUUCAAUUUCCCUGAUUCUCAGCUUCUCCAAAUGUCACCUCUACAUUUGAUGAUGCCAUUGAAUCAUGAGGCGGUGUGUUGUAAGGGCUAUUUUGAACGUCAGUUAGUCAGUUCAGGAGGCUUGCUGAAGGGAUCUAUUCAUGAUCCAGGUUUACAACAAAAUCAAAGUACACAUUUCUCAGCAGAGCUUCCUUCACAUAGAUCUGCAUGUGCUCCAACCAUUGACUAUAAGAUUCAAUACACCCCAUCAACAUCAACAUUGGAGGCUGACAUUUUUCAUGGGCCUCAGAAGCAGCAGGUCACAUUAUCUCCAGAAGUGAUGUUUGUGGGAGUAGCAGACCUAACAAACUACACCGAUACUAGUUUGUCUACCUACAGUCAUCAGUCAAAAGCCAGUCUGUUAACUUCCCCUAAAACUGAAGGUGAGAUGUUGAAUGAGACACCUGCCAUCGAAAGUACCCCAAAUAAUUAUUCUGGAGAUAAUGAACUAUGCAAUUUAGAUGGAGACAUGGAAGAAGUCAGAGAGGAGGAGUUUUGCAAAGCAAGCAAUACCAAAGACAUAUCACUUGAAAGUGAGUUUAAAAUUCUGCAAAAGCUUGAAGCCAAAGUCACAGAGCAGGACUGUGUGUUGCCAGAGCAGGCCUGUGUGUUGCCAGAGCAGGACUGUGUGUUGUUAGAGCAGGACUGUGUGUUGUCAGAACAGGACUGUGUGUUGUCAGAGCAUGAGUUUUUCAAAGUGUCUUGUAAAAAUUUCAUAAAGAAGAACAAAGGCCUGCAGGACAGUUUCAUUGGCAGCUUGAAAAUUCCAAAGAGGAGCAACGGAGGGGACUUCGUAGCGUUCUCUACUGUAACAGUCAAGAACAGCCAGGAAGUUAUUUCACCAGAUGACAACAAUAACACCAGUGAAUUAAAAGACAAACAAACUUCCUCUGCAGUCGAUUCAUUUAAACUAAAUCUGAGCUGCAAUGAAGGUCACUUCCAACAAGAUACCUCUGCUUUAGCAGCAAUGUCAGUGUCUGUACACAUAUCCCAUGAAAAUCUCUCUCCAUGUGGCCAUAAAACCAUUGACACAGGUGGCCAUAAAGAGUCUCCUUUUGGAGAGAAGGCCGUUAUUGAAAAGAGAAGAGAAGUAGAACAAGUUGAAGAAAGAGAAGUUCAAGGGUGGGGUGAAAAGCUAAACUCAGAAAGCAAGAGAAGAGAAGUAGAGAAUGUUAGGUGGGGACAUCACCUUGGCGAUAGUAACUGUAAUACAUCAGACCACCGAAUCUCAGAGGUGAUGAAGGAGGAUAUGAGGAUGUCAUUUAUAGAUGGGGGUGGAGACAACAGUAACAGUGAACUGGACAGUCAAAGUAGUCAAAUCCUUAAUGCCUUGCCAACAAGUAAUCCUAACAAAUGCGAUUCACCAAAAGGUCUACAAGCAGUGGAGGAUCAUCAAAUAGCUGAUGAUCCACUGGUUAUCAUUAAGCCAGGCUCUUGUUCAAUAUCAGAAAAGUCUUGUAUCGGUUCUGAGAUUCUAAAAAUGGACAACACGACAGACAUGGAAAACGUGAGCCACGGAAAGGUUCUUAGACUCUCUUCUUCCAUCAAAUGUAAUUCUAUGAAUCAACUAAGUUUGAUAAGUAAAGAGAAUGAUCCAGACAGUAGGACAAAGAUAUCCUCGGAGUCCCAGUUAAGUAAGAGCUUUCAAGAGAACGUGAGAGAAGUGCAACUGAAAAAUGGAAUAACUGAUGUUGAUGCAAGUCAGGGUCAGGAUGCUUCUGGCUGUUCUGUCAAUACACCGAAUGCAAGUGUCAAUUCUGGUGCAGCAUCUUACGCCGUUAAAAUCCAUGAGAUCCAAUUAAGUCUGGCAUUGAACAACCGAGGGAAACCUGAAUACAUCAACAAGCCUGUAUUGCUGCCAAUGGGAUGUUCUUCAAUGUCUACUUCCACUGCACCCAAAGAAUUCUUAUUUUCUCAAGGGAAAGUGUUUGAAAGGGAUGUCCCUUUUUCGCAUAUGGAGAACAUAAAGAAACAAACAGGUCCUGAGAUAUAUCAUCCUCAUCAUGCUUGUCUUAGUAAUAAUGAUAAACAAACUGUCAACCAGGCUGCUUCACCUGAGCAAAACCUGAAAUCUAGUGCUCUACAACCUCUCCAGAACUGCCCAGGAACAGUGUCCUCGGUGAGUACGCCCCCAAAUAUGGCCUUUGCACAUGCAAGGGACCUCAUAAUGGAUUCAGAAUAUGAGGUUCAAGGCGAAAGCAAGAACCAAUGCAAAUUGACCUCAACGGGUGCAAGUGGACAACUUUACUUAAAUGAUUGUCAUCGGCAUGCAACUGUAGAUUCACUCUCUGAUAAAAACGGGACUCAAUGUACACCAGAAUACAUUGAGAAGCACCACAACAGUCAACCACUCUCAAAUAAUUUAUGUGAAUCACAGAAGCUACAGGAGAAAGGCAGACAUCACAUUGAGGUCAGAAAAGAGCUCCAAAAAGACCUUCCCUAUGCCACAAAUCUGAGUGAGGAACUACCACAGUCAAAGUGCUCAGUGAGUCAGGAACUACCACAGUCAAAAUGCUCGUCUGAAACUCAGGUAGACAAAUUUCAUAAGACUUGUGUGACCGUCGAUCCUGAUCCUAAAGAUAAACUUCCCAGUGUAAAACACAAAACAUGUCAUGUUGAAAAAUGGCUGAAGGCUCAGUGCAAUGUGAGCAACUUUGCCUCUGACAAUACCAAAGAUUGCCAAAUGGCUAAAAAUGAAGAAGGGUCAAUGACUGAUGGACCACUGGCAAAAUGUCCUGGAACCUUGUUUGACGUACCAAGUAAAAUAAAUAGUAUUGGAUCUUCUCCAUCCCAAAUAACACAUGGAAGUAGUGAUGAUAAUGUGAAGAUAUUGGGUGACAUUUGCAGAGAUAUCAUGUCCAGAGAGGGAAAUACCAAAACAUCUAAUUGCAGGCUAUCUCAUCGGUUCUGUGGCAGUAGUGUUGUUCAUUGCAAAAAGGGAAAGUCCAAGAGGUUCAUAAGGUCCAAAGCCCAGGCACCUCCUAGCUCAUCCUCUGACUCUACACUCAAGUCUUCCUCAGAUGAAGAAGAGAAAAUCCCUCCCAGGUUGGAUCAAAACAGGUCUUCAUCAACAAGAAUUAAGUCAGGAAAUCAAACUAAUGGAAAAGUAGAGGAGAUGAUUCAAUGCAAUGGUGGAGAAGUUUCUCUAGUGAAAAGACAAUCACCACAGUCAAAAGACAAUCACACUAUGGAAGCUUGUACUGACCAGACCCCAUAUAAAUAUGAUGGUAAAGCUGCAGUUGGCAUCAGUUUGGGUCAGAAAGAACACAGCCCCAAUGGACAAUCACCACAUAUAGAGAAAAGGACAAAUCGGGAGAAAAUCAUGUCCAGUAUCAAAGAAACUGAGAUGUCACACUACACACCAAAGACUCAAGAUUCGCCAAUGCAUUUUGCCUCCAGCGACAUCAAUCCCUUUGCUCACCAAUGGCAAAAAGAAGAGCCAAACCAAAGCUUCUACAAGAACCAGGUGUUUGGAAGUGCCGCUGACAUUUCUUCUAAAUUACCGCUGCUGGAUUCCACUACCAAACAUAUCAUUAGAUGCUGCAGUGUUGACAAUGGUUUAAACGUGCAGAACUCUCCUUUCAACUCCCACCUGAGCACUUACGCCAACAACAAGGGACUAUCCAGCACUCUGAGCAGCAUGGAGGAAGAUUUCAAAGAUCAAACGUCCCUCAACGCUCAUCUGAAAGAACGUACUAACCAAGUCUCCGGUGCUGACGAUCACAAUCAACAAAUGACCCUGACCAUGAGCUGUAACUCAUCUUCUUGCUACAAUGUAUCUGGAGAUCUUGGUAACAGCACUGGCCAAGUGGAUGAGAUCAUGUUGGUUUAUGACUCUUCAGAGCGGGCGUUUCAGGGUAACGGGUUUCAGAGAUCUAAAACAAACACCAGAUGUGACCAGAGCACCCAGACAACCUUCACUCAGGAAACCACCACUCAGACAACAAUCAACCAUGGUGAUCUACAGAGGAGAAACAACCAUCACAGAAAGAGCAGCACUCAGGUACCAGUGUCGCAGAAGACCACAGAGGCCUGUAGAGAGACCACCACAUGGGACAGCCUUCAGAACAUGUCUGAGCAUCUUUCACAGCUGAUAGUAAACACGUCUGAUCUUCUGGGGAAUGUUCACGGUAUGAGGUCUGGCGAUAGCCUCAAACAUAGCCUGAUAAGAAAUGUUAAAUCUUCAUCUCAUCUGUACUCCUCCAUAGAUUGGAGGAAGAGAGACUGCUCAACCAAAACUGCAGUAGAUAUUGGGAUCCAGACCGAAAGGACUUUAACACCCGUACAAGACAAACUGUCUAUCCACCAAAGUCUGUCCACGGAGAGGUCCAAAGCCCAUGAAGUUAAUGUGAUAGUCAAAGUGAUUGGCUCAGAAGUUCUCAAUGUGUCACAAGACAAAGGGCUUCCCCUUCAACAUCAACUCAAGAAAAACCUGGAUGAUAAUAUUCAGAGCAUGCCUGACCUGCGACUCAAUGGCUCCACUGUUAACCAAAGAUCUAUCUUGGAACCAGAGAGUCUCCCGCACAAAGUCCCUUCCCUGGAGACUGUCCAACGUCACAAUCAUUCAAAUCCUGCCAUUCGUCAUAGAAGCAAUGAGGACCGCAAUCCCGAAAGAGUGUCCUCCUCCAAAAUCUUGGGAGUAUCUGAAGUCUGCCAUAAUUUGUCAGAAAUACUCAGACCAGAAAGCCAUAAUAUCUUGAGAAGGAGUGACCCGGGAAUAGGCUAUAGAAAACAAGUGAGCUUCACAGACCGUGCAUGCUCACCCAUUCUCACUGUGGGUCCCAGGGCUGGUUCCAACCAGAGCAGAAUAAAGUAUUUACAGAGUCUCAAAGAAGAACAGAAGUUUGAGAUGCAAAAUAGAUGUAAAGACCACCUUUCGGACCAGUCAACACCUUGUUUAAGUUAUAGCGGACACAAAACAUGCAUGUCUUUCAUACAGAAUGAUAAGAUAUCAGGACAUGACUCCCUUCAUCUGUGUGAGAAGCCAGGUGAUAACUCCACCGCAAAAUCAAUGGGAUUGAUAUUCCUCGAGAAUGUGAGUGCCCUCAGCCAUUCAAGCCCAAAAGGGUCUGAUGGAUGCUCAGAAAGUCUUAGUUCGUCCAUCGACAAUUACAUCCACAAUGGAACCAGCGUUGUCAUCCACGACGAAGAAAGGGAAAUGGGCGUAUGGCACAAAACCGGCCAACGUCCAAUAUGGUCCUUUCCUUCUGUUCUAAGCAAUAGCAGAGUCGCUAUGCAGAACCACACCUCUCUCGUCUUUAGUCAGACUGGUGAGUCCAAACAGCAGGAGAAAUCCUUCUCUACUUUUGGAGAUCAACUAAGCUACAGAAGACAUUCAAUAGAUUCCCACAACAGUAGAUCAUCAGAGCGUCCAGUGGAGCACGUCACUGGUGCUUAUGAACAUUCCCCUGUCAGUGACAGCACCAUCCAUGUUCAGGAGGAUGACAUGGUGGCGUUGGCCCCAAGCGAGUGCAACACAGACAUUCUCGUGAACACCAACCCAGUCACCCACACUCCCAACUUCCAACACUCCCCACAUCAGCGGCUCCCUGAGGACCUACCUGUGCACAACAAGUUCACCAACUGGUCUGUUAUCAGUCAGCAUCCCUCUGAGAUAGGACGGACUAAUAGUUUAAUGAAACCAGCCGUGUAUCUACCUACUGGUCAUGAAGCACAGAGGAACCAGCCAGAGUGGGCUGAGCUGGAGAGCCAGGAGUCAAAGUCCAGCUUGAGUCCAGAGUCCAUGUUCCAUAAGGACAAGAAGACAAGAGAGAUAGAGAGGCUACGUAAGGAGCGAGAGCAGGUCAUGGCUACGGUCCAACUGAACAUGAACGCUCAUCAUCUGACCGUGGAGCUGACUGAAGCCAAGCUGCACUACGGUCUGGGAGAGACAGGCACGUUGUUAAAGAUGCUGACAUCUGGAGGAACCAAGGAGGAGGAACCGUCCCCUGUCCCCACCAAACAGCAGCUCUAUGACCAGCACCGGAGGAGCAUUGAGAGUUUGAGAAAGGACAGAGAAGCUCAGCUUCAGACCUGCCGUAGGGCUCGCAGCCUCAGCCCCAGCAAGCACCACUUCACCCAGUACCCUCCUCAACCCAGAUCCCCUCCUCAAAAAGACUCCAGAGUUUCAGCCCUGCCCAGUCGUUGCAGAGGCUACCUUCAACAGCUCCGUCAGGAGGUAGUGGCGAGCAGGAUGAUCCCAGAUCCACCCAGAGGAGAGGGUGAAUAUCUCCCUGAGAUAGAGCAUCUUCUGCGUGACUACGGCCGUGCCCGUGAGGAGGCCAUGACAGAGAUAUCCCGCGCACGGGAACGGCUCCGCGAGAGGACAGAGCAGGAGAAAAGACGGCUCCAGCAACAGACUCUGUCUCAGAUGGUCAAGGAUGACUUGCGGUAUCGGACCAGAGUCAGCAGCAGUACACUGUACACUGGGUCGAGUCUGAGCCUAUCCUCUGGACCAACCUCUGGCUACAACAGUGGCAACACAGCUCAGCUGAAGGACGGCAGUAGACCCUCACUGACACAGGAGGUCACUGAGGUCCUGGGUGAUGGGCUGAAGGUCAGGUCUCGCCCUCCCAUCUGUGGUUCUCAGAGUGUGAAGCGCCAGCGUGCCUGGCUCUCUGCCCAGGAUGUACGUCUGGAGCCUGGUGUGUCAGGGUAUGACCCUCUGAUGUCAUCCUCACCGUCAUCUCCUACCAACCUACGACAGCGCACCGCCUCCUUUGGCUCCGCCUCGUCCAUAUCGACAGCCUAUCAGGACUUCACUUCCUGUCUGCUUGGUCGAGCUAUGGCUGAGGUGCGCUUGGCUGCAGCUGGUGACAUGGGGAACCUGGUGAUGGGGAAAGCUGCAGCUGGUUGGAGGUACCAGGGCGUGGAGCGAGGUGUCCAGGCCUUCUACAAGCCCUCCUCCAGCCCAUCUGUGCACUGUUUCCUUGGGGCAGUGGAGCUGGAGAGGCCCCUGGCCAGCCUGUGGAGCAUGGUCCGAGACCACUCCAAGACCCACCUGUACCAUGAGGCUGUCCGGUCCGCCUGGACACGACCACUAGAUGACAGCACUCAGUUGGUCUACCUGCUGACAGACCCGUCCAGCUGCUACCUCAAACAGCCCAGAGACUUCUGCUGCAUCAGCACCCAGUCACAACAGGAUGAGCUGUGUGUGCUGGCCAUGCAGUCAGUCUUCGAGGAGUCUCUCCCUCGGCCCAGUGUAGAGGCUGUCCGAGGGGAGAUGUUGCCUAGCGCCUGGGUCCUUCAGCCAAUCACACGCCACGUCCGAGAGGUCGUCAGGGUCAUCUACCUACUGCAGGUGGACCUGGGCACUCCAUCCCUUCCUCAGAGACUGUUGGGAUCAAUGGCUAGGAGACAGGCGUCCGUCCUGGCUGAGCUCGACACCCUUUUCUCUUUGUGAGACUGACAGCAGGGUCAUUAGGCACCAAAAGGAAGAAAACAGACUGAAACAAGGAGGGAGUACCUGGACUUUUCCAAUAAGAAAUGCACAUUUUCUUUUUCCGUUGCAAAACAUGUUGCUACAAUGUGCCACAAUGAACAUGACCCAGAUCAGCUGUCCAAUUAGAACACAGAUUUCAUCUCCCAUUGCAAAACGUUUUGCUACGGUGUGCCCUAAAGAACACGCCCCCAGGUUAAUGGUCACACACGUAGCAGUAAGCACUUAGACAUACUUCCUGAAUCUGAUAUGGGACCUGUCUCUAUUGUAAUUUGCAAUUUAUUUACUUGAUUGUAUGCUUAUAAAGAGCACUGAUGACAUUGAUUUUGUGAUACUUAGUAUCAUGCAGCUUGUUUAUAUCGAAACAUAACUGUGUGUUUUGUGUUAAAAUGGUUAAUUGAAGACCUGUGUUUGAUAUGUAUGCUUAUACCAAUCUUUUAAGUAUAUUGCCAAAGUUUGAGUGGUCUAGACUGGCUGUCAGGGAGGGUUGAGGGUGUGGCUCCUAUAUUUGACCCAUCCAACACAUCUUACUGUGUCACUGCAACUGCUGACCAGAGUAACACCAGGCCCUAAAUGUUUACAAUUCUACAUAUUUUUCAUAAUAACACUGAUUUAUAUCAAAUGCAAAAUGAUCAUUAGUCUCCUGUUGCCCAUUGCUAUAUUUAAUCUAUCUGUACACCUCAGUUGUACUAAUUCCCUAAUUACUGAUUUAUGAUACAAAGUGAUCAUUUGUCUCCCAUUUCACUGUUCUCCCAGCCUAAGAACUAACCACUUUUAUAAUGACCACUUAAUGACAUAAUUGUUUUCUCCAGCAUCCUGUGUUAACGUCCCAAGGCACAGCACACUUUACCAAACUCACUACCCAACCUUUAAAAAGCCAUAUUAUGUGUUUUGUUGACUGUUCAGGACAUUAUUUUUCUGUAGUUGUAGUACUGCAGUGUCACAGUAAGAUGGUCCCCAGGGGAACCAAAUAAGAAGGAACUGAUAUGAAGGAUAUUAACUCAGCAAAAAAAGAAACGUCCCUUUUUCAGGACGCUGUCUAUCAAAGAUAAUUCGUAAAAAUCCAAAUAACUUCACAGAUCUUCAUUGUAAAGGGUUUAAACACUGUUUCCCAUGCCUUUUCAAUGAACCAUAAACAAUUAAUGAACAUGCACCAGUGGAACGGUCGUUAAGACACUAACAGCUUACAGGCGGUAGGCAAUUACGGUCACAGUUAUGAAAACUUAGGACACUAAAGAGGCCGUUCUACUGACUCUGAAAAACACCAAAAGGAAGAUGCCCAGGGUCCCUGCUCAUCUGCGUGAACGUGCCUUAGGCAUGCUGCAAGGAGCAAGGAGGCAUGAGGACUGCAGAUGUAGCCAGGGCAAUAAAUUGCAAUGUCCGUACUGUGAGAUGCCUAAGACAGCGCUACAGGGAGACAGAACGGACAGCUGAUCGUCCUCGCAAUGGCAGACCACGUGUAACAACACCUGCACAGGAUCGGUACAUCCGAACAUGACAGGUACAGGAUGGCAACAACAACUGCCCGAGUUACACCAGGAACGGACAAUCCCUCCAUCAGUGCUCAGACUGUCUGCAAUAGGCUGAGAGAGGAUGGACUGAGGGCUUGUAGGCCUGUUUUAAGGCAGGUCCUCACCGACAACAACGGCGCCUAUGGGCAAAAAACCACCCUCGCUGGACCAGACAGGACUGGCAAAAAGUGCUCUUCAAUGACGAGUCGCGGUUUUGUCUCACCAGAGAUGAUGGUCGGAUUCGUGUUUAUCGUCGAAGGAAUGAGCGUUACACCGAGGCCUGUACUCUGGAGCGAGAUCGAUUUGGAGGUGGAGGGUCCAUCAUGGUCUGGGGCGGUGUGUCACAGCAUCAUCGGACUGAGAUUGUUGUUAUUGCAGGCAAUCUCAACGCUGUGUGUUACAGUGAAGACAUCCUCCUCCCUCAUGUGGUACCCUUCCUGCAGGCUCAUCCUGACAUGACCCUCCAGCAUGACAAUGCCACCAGCCAUACUGCUCGUUCUGUGAGUGAUUUCCUGCAAGACAGGAAUGUCAGUGUUCUGCCAUGGCCAGCGAAGAGCCCGGAUCUCAAUCCCAUUGAGCACGUCUGGGACCUGUUGGAUCGGAGGGUGAGGGCUAGGGCCAUUCUCCCCAGAAAUGUCCGGGAACUUGCAGGUGUCUUGGUGGAAGAGUGGGGUAACAUCUCACAGCAGGAACUGGAAGAUCUGGUGCAGUCCAUGAGGAGGAGAUGCACUGCAGUACUUAAUGCCGCUGCUGGCCACACCAGAUGUUGACUGUUACUUUUGAUUUUGACCCCCCCCCUUUGUUCAGGGACACAUUAUUCUAUUUCUGUUAGUCACAUGUCUGUGGAACUUGUUCAGUUUAUGUCUCAGUUGAUGAAUCUUGUUAUGUUCAUACAAAUAUUUACACGUGUUAAUAAGUUUGCUGAAAAUAAAUGCAGUUGACAGUGAGAGAACGUUUCUUUUUUUGCAGAGUUUAGUUUCCGCAGGGAAGAACAAUGAAGUAGCCUAACUGACAAUCUAUUUGUACUGAGUUUUAUUUUGAUCCAUACUUUUAUAAGUGCCUUUUAUGUGACAUGAAUGUAUACCACCAUGUCAAUAUGUAUAAAUAUGUAUGUUUUUAUUAUGUUCUUUAUUUAAAUAACAUUAUAUUUGAAUCCUAAAGAAAUGCAAAGAGCAUAUUUUAUUUUCCUAUUUAAACUUGACAUUUUUUUUAAAUGUCUGUACAUACUCAAAGCUUGUCGCUUCUUCCUUACAGUAUUGGUUUGGCUGUGUAAAUAUUAUGUAUAUUAAUUGUAAAAUGAAUGUUAUCCUGUUCCUGAGUAGGCCUAUAGCCAAUGUUCCCUCAACAAAAAAAUGUGUCACUGAGCAAAUGUACCGUCUGCUGAGCGUAAACUUGAACUCUGUGUACCGUCUGCUGAGCGUAAACUUGAACUCUGUGUACCGUCUGCUGAGCGUAAACUUGAACUCUGUGUACCGUCUGCUGAGCGUAAACUUGAACUCUGUGUACCGUCUGCUGAGCGUAAACUUGAACUCUGUGUACCGUCUGCUGAGCGUAAACUUGAACUCUGUGUACCGUCUGCUGAGCGUAAACUUGAACUCUGUGUACCGUCUGCUGAGCGUAAACUUGAACUCUGUGUACCGUCUGCUGAGCGUAAACUUGAACUCUGUGACAAUUCUGUCAAACCUCCAGCGCAUGUUUUAUUUUUGUCAUUUUUUAAAUAUUUUUUGAAACUUUUAUCACUUUUUCUCCCCAAUUCCAUGGUAUCCAAUUGGUAGUUACAGUCUUGUCUAAUCGCUGCAAUUCCCGUAUGGACUCGGGAGAGGCGAAGGUCGAGAGCCGUUCAUCCUCCGAAACACAACCCAACCAAGCCGCACUGCUUCUUGACAUAAUGCCCACUUAACCCGGAAUCCAGCCACAUCAAUGUGUCAGAGGAAGCACCGUGCACUACGCCCGGCCUGCCACAGGAGACACUAGUGCGCGAUAGGACAAGGACAUCCCUGCCGGCCAAACCCUUCCCUAACCCUGACGACGCUGGGCCAAUUGUGCGCCGCCCCAUAGGUCUCCUGAACUCGAACCCAGAAUCUCUAGUGGCACAGCUAGCACUGCGAUGCAGGUGCCUUAGACCACUCAGGAGGCCCGGCGCAUUUUUACUGUGAACACUGAGGCCGUACCAGCUUUAAGUUACAGUUUUAACAGUGUUAAAGUAGGCUACUGUGGCUAUUUGAUCAUUAUGUAGGCCUACCAGAGUGGUCUACCAUAAAAAAACAAUGGAGAAAAUGAAUCCCAUAACAUUUUAACAUGGAAAUAGCUGUUCUAUCGUUUAGCCUACAGUAGCAGCAAAUGUGUAGUGUUCAAUGUA